AUGGCGGUUAAUCCUCUGGAAGGUCUAAUGACGGUCGUAGUGAACCACCAGCCCGUCUCCAGCUCCACGGCGGAGCCACAGAGCCAGCAGCCCGGUGCUGUCAGCAACCCAGCAUCCCUGCACAGACACAGGCAGAGCAUCCCCCGCAGCCGGGAGCCCAAGAAGUGGGCACAGUCUAUGUGUGGGUCCAGGCCAAACUCUGGUUCCAGUUGUGGGUCUGCGGUCCAGUCCAGGAUGCUGCGGAGUCAACACUUCCCGGAAAAUGCGGCACGAGAGAGGAGCCGCAUACGCAACCUGCGACAGGCCUUCCACAGUCUGCAGGCUGCUCUGCCCUCCGUCCCACCUGACACCAAGUUAUCCAAGCUGGAUGUUCUGGUUCUGGCGACCAACUACAUAGCCCACUUAACAGAGACUCUGAACGAGGGAGGAAUUGUGGCUGAGCAUGCUCUGCCCUCCAGGACGGGUGGAUACCUGCAUCCUGUUAAGAAGUGGCCCAUGCGUUCCCUGCUCUACUGCGGCAGCGUGGGAGAGCUGCUAUCAGGAGUCUCAGCCAAUCAGACGCCCCCACCUGGAGGGGAUGGGACACAGCCUUUGACACCCACCUUAGAAGCAGACAAAGAGUGA